AUGCAGUUUCCGGAAGCACCGGGAAUUGCGGAGGAGAUCUUGCACGUGCACAACAGCGUCGAUUCGUCGUCGUCGUCAUCGUCCGCGUCAUUCUUGGCCAACAAUUCGAUGCCCUGGGGCAACAUGAACAUGUCGCUGUCUCCGUCGUCGUCAUACUCGUCGGACGCAACCAUGUCACUCACUGUCGUCGACUACGUCAACAACAGCUCGAGUGCCGGCGAGGACGUCGAGUUCGACAUCGCAGGAACGGCUUCCAAGGCACUGAUAGGGCUUGGUUUAAGUUCGAUGAUCCUGGCUUCGAUUUGCGGGAAUUUGUUGGUUUGUAUCGCUGUGUGCACCGACCACAGCCUUCGAAAACUGGGCAACCUGUUCGUCGUGAGCCUGGCAAUAGCAGAUUUGCUCGUCGCAUCCGUCGUGAUGGUUUUUGCGACGAUCAAUGAUCUCAUGGAUCGAUGGAUUUUCGGCGAGAAGUUCUGCGACACCUGGAUUGCCAUGGACGUCAUGUGCAGCACAGCUUCCAUCAUAAACCUCUGCGCCAUUUCUCUGGAUCGCUAUAUUUACAUAGAAGAUCCGUACAGGUACAGUCGAUGGAUGAGCAAGAAGACAGUGACGCUGCUGAUCGCGUGCAUCUGGGUAGUCGCCGGCCUCGUGUCCUUCCUGCCCAUCUCGCUGGGCCUGCACAAGCCGCCUCGGCUGGCGGACGAGGCGCCUCAUCCACGGGCCCUCGGGCCCGACGCCCCGCUAAUGCCUGACGCCGCCAUGCACUGUGCACUGGACCUCACGCCCACCUACGCCGUCGUGUCGUCGUGUGUUUCCUUCUACGUGCCGUGCGUGGUCAUGGUGAUCCUCUACUACCGACUGUACCACUACGCGCUCAAGCACGUGCGCAGCAUCAAGCAGAUGACGCGGCCGUUGCAGUUGGGCACUGUGAACGGCAAGCCGGCGGCCACGGUGCCCACGGAGUAUCAGGUGUCCGAGCACAAAGCCGCCAUCACCAUCGGAGUGGUCGUUGGCGUGUUCCUGGUGUGCUGGGUGCCAUUCUUCUGCGCAAACAUCGCCGAGGCGUUCUGCAAAUGCGUGCCCAAAACGACUUUCCAGGCGCUCACUUGGCUCGGCUACUGCAACUCCUCCCUCAACCCGGUCAUCUACUCCAUCUUCAACACAGAGUUCCGCUACGCCUUCCACAAGAUCAUCGCGCACAAGUGUCCCUGGUUGUUGUGUCGGUGUUGCGGGGCGUGUUGCCCCGACCGGAGCGGGAAACGGAUCAACGGGAACGAUGGGUCGCCGGCGCCGCUUCGGCGACUCCCGCGGCGCUACGGCGGCUCUCAGGCGGAGAUCGCGAGCAGGGUGGUCGUUGGCGUGUUCCUGGUGUGCUGGGUGCCAUUCUUCUGCGCAAACAUCGCCGAGGCGUUCUGCAAGUGCGUGCCCAAGACGACUUUCCAGGCGCUCACUUGGCUCGGCUACUGCAACUCCUCCCUCAACCCGGUCAUCUACUCCAUCUUCAACACAGAGUUCCGCUACGCCUUCCACAAGAUCAUCGCGCACAAGUGUCCCUGGUUGUUGUGUCGGUGUUGCGGGGCGUGUUGCCCCGACCGGAGCGGGAAACGGAUCAACGGGAACGAUGGGUCGCCGGCGCCGCUUCGGCGACUCCCGCGGCGCUACGGCGGCUCUCAGGCGGAGAUCGCGAGCAGUCGGUACAGCCUCAACGUCGAGGUGAACGGGUUGUCGCUCGUGACGCGGAACAACGACGGCAUGGCCGCCGUGGGGACGCCGAACGGCAAUAACAGCAAUGGGAGGUCGAUGACGAACUUGGUGAUGCCCAUCAUGCAGUGUCGGUCCACCAUGGUGUAG